GCCUGCGUUUUUCACCCGCGGAGCGAUUCACAGACGCGCUUGUUUUGGGAAACUGUCAUGGCGUCUGCCGCGGGCCGCUGCACGUGUUAGGUUAUCGGUGACCGAGAAGCCCCUUUCCGGGCGACAUUGUGCCACAACAUGCUCGUCCUGUUUGAAUCACCGGCGGGGUACGCCAUCUUCAAAGUCCUGGACGAGAAGAAGCUCCAACAGACAGACAACCUGUUCAAGGACUUCGAAACGCCGGACAAGGCAUCCCGCGUGGUCAAGCUGAAGCACUUCGAGAAGUUCGAAGACAUGACCCAGGCCCUUGCCGCGGCCACGUCGGCCAUCGAGGGCAAGAUGAGCAAGACGCUCAAAAAAGUGCUCAAGAAGGUCGUGGCCAAGGAGGCGCACGAGAGCCUGGCCGUGGCCGACGCCAAGCUGGGCAACGUGAUCAAGGACAAGUUCGACAUCAGCUGCGUGGCCAACAGUUCGAUCCAGGAGCUGAUGCGCUGCAUCAGAUCCCAGGUGGACGGGCUCAUCACGGGUCUGCCGCGCAAGGAGAUGACGGCCAUGGCCCUCGGGCUGGCCCACAGCUUAUCCCGGUAUAAGCUCAAGUUCAGCCCGGAUAAGGUGGACACGAUGAUAAUACAGGCAGUCUCGCUGUUGGACGACCUGGACAAAGAACUGAACAACUACAUUAUGCGCUGCAAGGAGUGGUAUGGCUGGCACUUCCCCGAGCUCUCCAAGAUAGUGACGGACAACCUACAGUACGUCCGCACCGUCCAGAAGGUGGGCCUCCGUACAAACGCCAUAGAGACUGACCUGUCGGACAUCCUCGCCGAAGACCUAGAGGCCAAGGUCAAGGAGAUUGCGGAGGUUUCUAUGGGAACCGAGGUGUCCGACGAAGACAUCCGCAACAUCCUCCACCUCUGCGAGGAGGUGCUUCAGAUGAGCUCGUACCGCAGCCAGCUCUACGAGUACCUCAAGAACCGCAUGACAGCCGUCGCACCAAACCUGACGAUUCUCGUGGGCGAGUUAGUCGGGGCGAGGCUGAUCUCGCACGCGGGCUCGCUGCUGAACCUUGCCAAGCACCCCGCGUCAACGGUCCAGAUACUCGGCGCCGAGAAGGCACUGUUCCGCGCGCUGAAGACCAAGCACGACACGCCCAAGUACGGCCUCAUCUACCAUGCCCAGCUGGUCGGGCAGAGCACGCAGAAGCUUAAGGGCAAGAUGUCGCGGAUGCUGGCGGCCAAGGCGUCGCUGGCGACCAGGGUGGACGCGCUCGGAGAAGACGGUGUGGGCACGGAGCUUGGCGUAGAGCAUCGGGCAAAGCUGGAAACCCGGAUGCGGGUGCUGGAAGAGGGUGGCGGCAACCGGCGGAUCAGCGGGCUGGGGCGUGGGAGGGCGGCGCAAGACCGGUACGAGCACAAGAGUGCCGUGAGGCAGUACCAGCCCGGGGCGGACUCGACACUGCCGUCUGCUUCCGGCGGGAAGAAGCGCAAGUUUAAGGAGGAGGACGAUGAGGCGGGGCACUCGGCGCCAGCGGAAGAGGUCGAGGAGGAUACCAAGCCCAAGAAAAAAAAGAAGAAGAAGGAUUCCGAGAGUGCGGAGGCUGCGGAAGAGGAGCAGGUGACGGUGAAGCCCGAGCCCGUCACUCCAAAGAAGAAGAAGAAGAAAAAGAAGCAUGCGGAAGAGGAGGACUAAGUCCCAUCACAUUUUCCACUCUGCAUUGCCAUUAAAGUGUACCUUGUCCCCAA